GGAACGGUGAAUACAACACAAAGGCAACGAUCAUGCUCGGCUGCACGAUUCCUCAGGGUUCCUCUCUAUCUCCUGGACCCUCCUUGAUACCCUCCUGAAGGUCACUAGGGAGCGCUAAGGCUAGCUCGAAGCGCACGGGCAUCAAUGCUAUUUUUUGCCACACUUCUUGAUAAUGAUUUCUCUGUGAUCCGUCUUCUCUGCUGCCGCGCACAACCCACUCCGGCGCCAAGUGCCGCGAGCGAAAACGAGCGAAAAAGGCUGAAAAAGAUCACAAGCUGUCCAUCGUGAUGACCGUGGCCAGCGAACCGCGCGAUGCCAGCUGCGUCAACGAGCAUCAGCCGCCGCGUUUGGCAUCUUUGGGUAUGUUUUCCCGUCUCCGUCCAUGCGGGUCCGGAGAGGAUACAAACCCCGCGAAUGAAGGUGCCCUGGACGGCCUCAAGGCUUGCGUGAAACAAUAUAAGCUGCCGCGGGGCACGUUUGGUGACGCUUUCAACCCUUUUCCCUCCGGACCCCUCUGCUGGUCGAUCCUCGUUCCGCUCCGUCCCCGGGCGUGCCUCUCCUUCUCGUAUCCGCUCCUUUGUAUACCCCCAACUAUCCUCCCCAUCAUGCAGACCUUUUCCCGCCUCGCCGUCAUCGCCGGUGCGCUGACCGUGGCAUCCGCCCAGUUCCUCCCGCAGAGCUGCUACUCGCUCACGGCGCAGUGCAACUACGUCGACGCCGAUCUCAGCGAUGUGUGGGGCAACGUCGCCUGCACGCAGUACGCCCUCUGCGCGCAAAACUACAAGACACCCGUGGAGAUCAUCGGGCUCCUCGGCGCCUCGGCGAACCAGCCGAAGCUCUCGCAGGACGUGUUCGCCAAUAUCACAGGC